CGCGGCCCCGAGCGCACGGCCCUCUGGGAACCCCUCCCAGGCCUGCUCAAUCGAGCGUCGAUGCCGCCGCUGCUGCUGGGUCACCUAGGAAACGACUUGGUUCCAAAGGCGGGAUAUGGAUAUUAAUGAUGACCCUAAUGAAGACCAUCUUGCAAGUUAUGACAUUCAGCUUUGUAUUCAAGAAUCCAUUGAAGCAAGCCAGGCUAUAUUCCAUCUCGAAAGACUGGUACCACUAAGUGAUCAAAACAGAAAGCUUGUAGAGGCCAUAAGGAAAGGUCACAUUUUUGAGCUCCAGGAGUAUGUGCAACAUAAAUAUGCUCUGGAUGAAGCUGAUGAGAAAGGAUGGUUCCCGUUGCAUGAAGCUGUUGUUCAACCCAUUCAACAGAUACUUGAGACUGUUCUGGAUGCUUCCUAUAAGACAAUCUGGGAAUUCAAGACCUAUGAUGGAGAAACACCCUUGACUCUGGCAGUCAAAGCUGGUCUGGUGGAAAAUGUCAAGACAUUGCUAGAAAAAGGGGUCUGGCCCAACACCAAAAAUGACAAAGGAGAGACGCCUCUUCUAAUUGCUAUAAAAAAAGGCUCCUAUGACAUGGUAUCUGCACUGAUUAAAUACAACACCAGCCUUGACCAACCCUGCAUCAAGCGAUGGUCAGCAAUGCAUGAAGCAGCUAAGCAAGGCCGAAAAGAUAUUAUAGCCCUACUGCUGAGCCAUGGAGGCAACGUCCACCUGAGAGAUGGAUUCGGAGUCACACCUUUAGGAGUUGCUGCUGAGUAUGGCCACUAUGAUGUGUUAGAACAUCUGAUCCACAAAGGUGGUGAUGUGUUUGCUUUGGCGGAUGAUGGGGCAUCUGUGUUAUUUGAGGCAGCAGGAAGUGGAAACCCUGACUGCAUUUCCCUCUUGCUGGAAUAUGGAGGAAGCGGCAACGUGCCUAACAGAGCAGGACAUCUUCCAAUACACCGAGCUGCCUAUGAGGGACAUUAUCUUGCUCUGAAAUAUCUCAUCCCUGUAACAUCCAAACAUGCAAUCCGGAAGAGUGGCCUAACUCCAAUUCACUCAGCAGCAGAUGGACAAAAUGCCCAGUGCCUCGAACUGCUCAUUGAUAAUGGUUUUGACGUCAACGCCCUGCUUGCUGACCACAUUUCCCAGAGCUACGACGACGAGAGAAAGACCGCGCUUUAUUUUGCUGUCUCUAAUAAUGAUAUUCACUGCACAGAAGUCCUUCUGGCUGCAGGUGCAGACCCCAACUUAGAUCCCCUCAACUGUCUACUUGUGGCGGUGAGGGCCAAUAGACAUGAAAUAGUCCGGCUGCUUCUCUCCUACGGAGCUAAUGUCAACUGUUAUUUGUAUGUGAAUGACACUCGUUUCCCCAGCGCCAUCCAGUAUGCCCUAAAUGAUGAGGUUAUGCUGAGGCUCCUGCUGAAUAAUGGUUACCAAGUGGAGCUGUGCUUUGACUGCAUGCACGGAGACAUCUUUGGAAAUUCAUUCGUGUGGUCAGAGAUAGAGGAGGAGGGACUGCCAGGAUGGACAUCUUGUCUAAUAAAAGAUAUCCCGUUCUGUGAGUUCAUUACAGUUCCAUGGAUGAAGCACUUGGUGGGCAGCACUGUCCGUAUACUUACAGAUUAUAUGGAUUAUGUCCCUCUGUGUUCUAAACUGAAGUCUGUGCUAGAACUACAGAGAGAAUGGCCAGAAAUCCGCCAAAUAAUAGAGAAUCCUUGCUCACUAAGGCACCUGUGCCGGCUCAAAAUUCGCAGACUUAUGGGACUCCAGCGACUCUGCCAGCCAGCCUCCAUGGAGAAACUUCCUCUCCCAGCAGCGAUUCGAAGAUACUUAUUAUUUAAAGAAUAUGAUCUCUAUGGGCAACAGCUAAAGUUAAUAUAACUUUUAAAUGAUAUUUUAAAAUGUGAUUCUUAAAGUAUUUUAAAAUGUGAUUCCCCUAGAGAUGUCAUUGGAAUCAUUUUAUAUUCUUAAGUGUAUUUAAAUCCACGGAGAAUUUUGUAGUUGUACCACGUUCCUAUGGAAAGAACAUGUACACUCCUAAAGUCAUUUAGGUUUCUAAGACAAGCAAUAUCCUGUGUUUGAAUUUCCAUUGAUUGUCUUCAGUUGUUACAAGUCUUCAAAUUCUCCCUAUCAACUGAAUGUCAAUGACUGAGAGACUAGACUUAAAAAGCAAAUAACCACUUUUUCAAACCCCCACACAUACCUGCCGGCUGCUAACCUGUUCUACUGUCAGACACUGUUCUAGAAAAGCCCGUGUGAACCUGCAGAUUCACCCUGUAACCUGGCUUCCCCUGUGCCUUCUACUCCUCAACUCACAGUCCCUCACAACUUCCUUGUUGCUAAAUUUGGUAAACAACUUUCACUCCCUCUUCCUGUUGAUUCUUGCAGCAUCUGACUCCAUUUCCUGUUCCUUCCUUGGUUUUCGUCAUAGGUCUAUCUCGCUGUGUUCCCUCUCAGCCCUCCUCCCUGGCCUCUGUGUCUCUGCUUCUCUAUGCUGUUCCUCUUCCUCCAGCCCUCUAGAGACAUGUCCUCUGUCCUUUUCUGUCAUGCUGUGCUCUCUGGGAAAUUCCAUUCACUUUCCCAGCUGUGAUCGUAUUGCUGGGGACUAUACCAUUUACAGAUGAAGUUCAACUUUUUGUCUCCAGUGCUUCAGACCUGACAGACACUGAUGUAAUGGACAUCUAAACAUGAAGAUAGCUUCGGUUCAGCGCAUCCUCAAAUCCUUCCUUCACCAUACACUUUUCUCUUAACAUUCUGCAGUUCAAUAGUGGCACAAUCAAUUCAGUUUCCAGAUAAAAAAAAGACUUGGCAUCAGUCUUGACCCACCCCUCCCUCUUCUUCUCACCCGGCAUGCCAGCUCACCAAAUGCCAUUGAGUUUCUCUCGUAAAGCCACCGUUUCCUACUCUGUCCCUCAGAUUCCACUCUACACUUGACUGUAAUCUUCCUUUUCCUGAGACAACACAGUGCUGCUUAUCUGGCUGGCCUGCCUCUGUCUGCCACAGAGUCUACACACAGCAUUCCAGAAUGAUCUUCCAGAGACUUAAACACAGCUCUUGCCCUUGCAGAAAAUCACUCCCAUGAUUGUGGGAUAAAAACCCUGAGUUCUCCCAAGGCCUCCAUGCUUUAACUCUCUCUCUCCGACCUCUUUAGCCUGUCUGCACCUCCCCACCCUGCUUAGCCGUACCACUGUUAGAGUCUUCUAUGGCAACUCCCAGGCUCUAUGGUUUUAUAAGACCAGGGUUUGUUUUAUUAAUAAAAAAUGAGGUCCUCUGUUUUUUUUUUUUAAUAGGAUACCAUCUAUUAUCACCAUUUCAUUUUUAAAAGGGGUUAUUUCUUAGAAUGCUAGAAAACAAGAUGGUGGUCAGCUCAGUUGUUAACAAUGAAUUGACAUUAGCUUUGGACAGACUGACCAUACUGUUCUCAUCUCCUCACUGACAAACAACACUUUACUGUGGGCCACAAGUCUCUGGAUCCCUUUGACGGGAGCCACUGUAACCCUCAGGACCUUUAUGUUUCCGUCACCCUCUACCUGAAGCUCUCUUUUUCACCCUUUGCCCCUUUCCCACUGGUUAACUGACCCCUACACUGCAGAUCUUGGCUCAGCCGUUGCUUCCUCUGGAAUGGAGGCCACUGCCCAGCGCUGCUCCUGUGGUUUUGUGGUCGUCUAUGUCACACUAGACUGGAAGCUCCCUGAGGGCAGGAUCAUGUCCACUUUGUUUCCCAGUGUGUGCUCAGAGCCACACACAUUCCCUAGAAUCUGAACACUGUACAAGAACUAGACAUAAAUAAUCAGUGACUUCAUGGUGAAGCGAUACAUUUUAAUUUCUGACUUGGAUGUGUAAGCUUAGUAAUGUAAUUAUUUAAAUUGAUUGUUCUUAUAUUUUAAUAGUGUGUUUUUUCACAUUUAUUUUAUCCUAAGAGUAAAUAUUCUCUUGGUAGUAAUAUCCCACUAGUUUGUAAUUUUUCUGAAUUGCAUUUGCUUUCAGUUAUCUUUGAAAGAUAAAUCACUCUGGAAAGAAGCCUGUAUAAUUAGUGUAGUGGUUUUAAUGUAUUGUAUUUCCUUGAGUAUUUUUAAUAUAAAUUACACCAUAAUGUACUUACUUAGGACUGUGAUGUUCCAUGUACAAGAUUUCAUAAUUCUUGUUUGCUUUCUUCCUUGUGCUUAAAAUUUAUUCCUUUUAUAAAUACUGCUUUAAAUAAAUGGAAAAAAGAACUGAA